AUGGGCGAGAUUCACAUUCUACGGUCAAGAUUUCGUCAACGGAUUCUGAAUACUUUCAGGACGCUGUGCUACACAGUCAAGCAAACGCCGCUGAAUGAGGAGGGACAGAGGAGUGAAAUCAAUACUAUCAAAGCCUGGAUUCGUGCGAGGAGCACUGUCUCCUCUGAGGACGAGGCGAAGCGUGUGCUAGCCGGUCUUAGGUAUAAGAGAGGCGAGUUGGAGGAGUUUGUCGCACUGGCGAAAUACCGCUUUCUCAAGAGGCAAUACCCGCCGGGAGGUCCCAGUCACAUUGAGUGA